AUGAAAUACAAAAGUUCUGCAGGCAGAUGCACCUCACAAACAGCUAAUAACGCAGUGUGUAGUUUCUACAGUCCAAAUGGUUAUGAGCUUUCGUGGUCGGCGGAUCCGUCGGGUAUUGUUUACUUCAACUAUACACAAUUGGAUUUUCCGAUGACAGGAAACUAUUGGACUGGUGUCAGCUUUGGGCAACCUUCUGUACGAUUAUGUCCACGCACAUCCAAAUAUAAUGCUCAGUCUACGUAUGCACCACAGUACACAACAACAUCGACUGUAACACAAGAAGUAGCACCAAACUAUGUUCCCGUAAUACCCCCCUCCAUACCAAGCACACCAUAUGUCGUUCCCGUAACACCCCCCUCCAUACCAAGCACACCAUAUGUCGUCACGGAUUCAACCACAUCAUAUCCGAGUACUACAUCGACGUCUUCUACAAGCAAUACUACUCCAGUUCCAAACCAAUAUGAUCAACCAUCUUCAACAGUCACCUACAAUACUGAUGUCUCUGCGUCUUCAUCAUACGCCAAUCAACCACUAUAUGACCAACCAACGAACCAAUAUAAUUCUCCAGUGCUCACAAAUUCGGAGCAAAACCAGGUGAAUUAUCAACAAAUCCUUCGAGAUUAUCAGAACAAUCCGAAUCCAACUGCAGGAAUGUCAUUCACCAACAACAUCUAUGGUUACAACUACACAAACGGAUCACCAGCCAAUCCCGUUUCCAGCUCAGCAACCUAUACUGGAACGUCAUCUUACUUUACUCCUUCCAAGAGCGUCUAUUCCAGUUCAACACAAACCAACUCAAACAUCAACUAUAAAUCUCCGAACCCUGUGAUUACAACUUCGGGACCAUAUUAUUAUUAUUCAAGCGUUUAUCCCAGUUACUUAGUUCCCGGUCCGUAUUACUAUCGCGUUGGACCAUAUCUAAGUUCCUCUAAUGCAGUUUUAUCCUCGAAUUUGGGCGUAACGACUUCUGUCAAUGGAAAGAGUUCGGUAGCUUCGAUCAACUCGCUUGGAUUCAAUCCUCUAACGGGCGUAUACAGAGAUACGCCUUCGAGUGGUAGUACCACCGUUUACAGUGGAUCAUCCUCUAAUAACGGUCAAGUUCUGAGGCAAUCAAGUACAAGCAGCAUAAAUGCGGCCUUCACGCCGUAUUUCUAUUCACCAUUUGUGCAAGCUUAUACAGGACGACAAUACGAUGCAACUUCACCAAUCGGUACCGCUUACGGACCGAAUGCGAUUCCAUAUCAAGUUCUUGAGCCUCAUUCAUCUAGCUACUAUCAAACAACACUUGAUAACAAAUGA